AUGAAAAAGAAAGCACAAUAAGUUUCUAAUUCAAAGGUAAAAAAAGACUAAAAAGCUACUAUCUUAGUCAAGUAAGAAGAAGGUGCAGCAGAUAACUUCAAUAAAGAGAUUAAGGAACUUUUAGAAAGUAAGUGCUUCAAUUUUAUUUAAAACCUAAACUUCAGACAUAAUAUCAAUUUUGAGAGAAACUACAAAGAAUUUAUUAUAUCAUGGUUUUAAUCCCUUUAUGAUUAUAACGAAUACUAUCAUCUUUCUGGAAAGAAUCAAUAAGUUCCUCAUCAAACAAAGGUUUUAAACCAAAUGCUUCUAUUUGCAUCAGACGUUUGGCCAUUUAGAGUUCAUAAUCAUUUUAUCUCUAGAUUAAGACAACUCAACUUCGACUAGAUAUGCUAUAUUUUAUACCAGCUUGAAUUUUUACUAAAAGGCAAUUUCAAAGAUUGUUUCAGGAUAGAUAUUUCAAUAAACUAAUAAAUGUUUAUGACAGAAUUUAUAGUAAAAAGAACUUUUACACCAUCCUUCGACUUGUUAUUUAUGGUUGGUGUAGAGCAGGUUCCUGUUUUAAAUAGGACUGAUGACUAAAUUACCAAGUUUGAGUAUAUCUAGAAUAUAAUGGUGAUUGAUUUAGUUGGUAGAAAUAGUGCAUUUGACACCUAGUAUAUAAAGCUUAAAUAUGAUUAAUUGCUUAACGAUCCUGCUAGAAUAAAUAUUAGCAGAAUUCCAGCUAUAGAUCCCAAUUCAAAUCCUUAUAGUUACCAUUAUACCAAAGGCUCAAGUUUCUUUUUUGUUUAAAACAAUUCUUAAAAAGGAUAUCAAUAGUUUAAGUCAGUAUUGAUAACUGAGCAAGAACACAAGCUUAAACUUAAAGAUCCACAUUAUAAAUAAUAAGAAUUUGAGUUUGCAUUUACUCUCUAAAAGUUUAUUCCCCAUUUCCUUAAUUUCGAAGAAAGCUAAUAAUAUGAAUAUGAUCCUGAUAUUUAUCGCUGGAUAUUGAAGGAAAAGAAAGUCUUAGAAGAAAAGUUUUAGGAAAAAGAAGAAAGAGCCUUUUAAAAUAAGCUUCUUUUACAAUCUUUUGCUGAUUUUUCUUCUGCUUCAAAUUUAGUAGAAUUGCUCUAAAAAAUUCCUAAUUUGAAUCUUAAAUUAACAUAAGAAGAAAUCAAUGUAAUUGGUUAAUAAGGAAAUGUCUUAGUAAUAGGAAGAUCUGGUACUGGAAAAACAACUAGUGCCUUGCUUCGUCUUUUUGCUAUGGAAAUUUUAUUUCAUAUUAGAGUUUAAAUUUACAUUUCAAAAAAUACCAAAAUUUUGUAGGAUGCUUUUACAAAUGAGUAAAUAGGUAUGCAAAGUGUUUUUAUCACAGCCUCUCCUGUUCUUGCUAAUUAAAUCAAAAGAUAUUACAAAAAAUUGAUAACUUAAGUUAAAGAUGAAAUUAGAAGAAAGCAAGUUUUGUAAAGAACAUAGGUAUAAUCGAGUGAAGAUUAAUCAGAUACAGAAUCUAUUAGUAACCUCACUGUUCAAGAGACAGAAUCUUUCCUAAAGAUUUUGAGUGAAUCACAAGGUUAAGAUAAUAUUGUUACUUCAGAAGAAGAAUAAAUUAUCAACAAAGAGAUUCAAUAGCUUUCAUUUAUUGAGAAAAAAAAUUAUGAUGAAGAAGAAGAAGAAAAGAAUGAUCAUAAUAAUGAAAAUGAUGAUGAAGAUAUGUUUGAAGAAGAUAGUAUGAACGAUAGAUUUGUUAUGACUGAAUAAGGUGUCAAGUUUAAGUCCUUACAAGAUUUGAAAUCUUAAGAUUUUCCUGCUUUUUUGACAGUUAGAUAAUACCUUAUGCUUAUUGAAGGGUGCUUACAUAACCCUUUCUUUUUGAAGGAUAAAGAUGGCAAGCUUGUAUUUUAAGCAGGGCAAAGUAGCUGGGGUAACUAUAAAUCUGAAAAAUAAAUCUAAAAAUUAAAUGCAGAUAGUUAAGAAGAUAGUAUAUUAGAUUAAGAGUAAGAAAUUUAAAAUAAAGAAGAAGAAUUUUAUAAUAAUUACUCAGGGGAAAAUCUAGAAGAGUUAUACUAAAGAUAAAUGUAUUUUUAAACUCACUAACAAUUAGUUGAAAACAUUCCUAAUGUUGAAAAACUUACCCCUAAUGAUAGAAAGUUUGAAGUUGACUAUGCCUAUUUCACAACCGCAUUUUGGCCUAUUGCUUCUGCAAAAUUUAAAGAUUCUUCUUUAAUCUCUUGCAAUACUUUAUGGACUGAAAUAUAUUCAUACAUAAAAGGAUCUUUUCAAAGUUUUACAUAUUUUGAAAGGUAUAUGUCUAGAGAUGAUUACAUGAAGUAAAACCUUAAUCCUUUACUCUCAGAAUAAUAGAAACAAGUUAUUUACACCAUGUUUGAGUAUUAUGAGAAAUGGAAAUUAAAGCAACAAGGAUAUGACUUGAUGGAUUUAGUCAAUUAUUUGUUGAAGGAGAUUCAAAACAAGAAAUGUGAUUUACCCUCUAUUCACUUUACAAUGAUAGACGAAGUUUAAGAUUUGCCUUAUGCAAUCAUUACUCUUUUCUCUAUAGUUAAUGAGUAAAAUCUUUUCUUAGCUGGUGACUCAGCUUAAACUAUUGCAAGAGGUGUUGGAUUUAGAUUUGGAGACCUUAGCAAUAUUUUUACAGAAUUCUCUCAUUUCUUUGAUAAAAAAUUAGAUUUACCAACUACUCGCCAACUCACUGUUAACUUUAGAUCUCAUAACAAAAUUCUUUAACUUUCUAACAGUGUAAUCAGUUUAAUUGAGGGGCUAUUCCCAACUUCUAUCGAUAUACUAAAGAAAGAAAGAUCUAAUAUAGAUGGUAUGAAACCAAUUGUACUUUAAAAUUCAGAUAUUGGGUUUCUAUUCACUUUACUCUAAGGUCAGUAAUCUGAAUAAGGUUAAAUACCUUUAGAAUUUGGUUGUCACUAAGUUAUUAUUGUUAAAGACGAGGAAAGCAAAAAGAAGUUACCUCCAAUUUUACAACAUGCUAUUUGCUUGACUAUUUAUGAAGCUAAAGGUCUUGAGUUCGAUGAUGUUAUUCUUUUUAACUUUUUUGCUGAUAGCGCUGCUCCACACAAUUAGUGGGAGUCUGUAAGCUUAUUUAAUAUUAACUCAGAAAAAAUGUCAAAAGAAACUUUCUUUAGGUAGAUGACAAUUCAUGAUUCAGUCUUCUCUAAAGAUUCAAUUACAGAUGUUAAUGACCCCUUAUUUGCAAGUACUUAUGGUGUAGAAUAUGACGAAAAAAAUGAUAUAGUUACAAUUAAGACAGUAAAUACCAAAAAUCAUGAAUUAAGAAUAUUUGAUCGUAUUAGUAAUGCUCUUCUUUGUUCUGAACUAAAGCAACUUUAUACUGCUAUAACUCGUCCUAAAAAAAGAUUAAUAAUUUUUGAUUCUAAUACUUUAAAUAGAAAGUAUGUUGACGAUUACUGGUAAAAGUAAAAUCUUGUCUCUUUUAUAUCUUAAAACGAUUUUGAACCAACUUAAGAGACAAAUACUAAGAACGAUAAGGUUUAGCUUAACUAAACCUUAACAAAAGAGAAAGAAUAAGUUAUAGAUAGUGUAAAGCAACUUCUUGUAAAGAAUACACCUAAUGAGUGGCAUGAGUAAGGAUUGAAGAUGUUUAAAUAUAAAUACUUUGAAUAAGCUAUAAAGUGCUUUAAGAAAUCAGGCAAUUUAUAAUGGGAAAAGAAAGCCUAGGCAUACUAUGAAGCAUCAGCUAAUUCACAAAGAAUAGUUGAUAUAGAAAAUAACCUCUAACUUCUUAAAAAAGGCAUAGGUACUUAUUCUCUGUGUAACAGUUAAGCUAAGAAGAUAGCUAAAUCUAAUCUUUAAAAAGAGCUCAAAUAAGCUUAAAGUAAAUUUAUUGAAAUAGCUGAAAAGUUCCUCGAAAUAAACAGAAAAAAGCAAGCUGCCUAGUGCUAUUUUUCAGGUUGCUAAUAUGAAAAAUCAGCAUAAAUUUACUUAGAAAUUGAUUUUAUUAGAGAAGCAGCUGAGUCCCUAUUUUUGCAAGGAAAUAAAUUUAAAUAAGCAUCAGAACUUUAUGAAAAAAUAAAAGAUUUCCACAAGGCUCUUUAAUGCUACGAACAUAUUCAAGACUGGAAUCAAGCUUUGAUGCUAAUUUAGAGAAAUCCAAGCAGUUUUGAAAGCGAUGAAUACGAAAAAUUAUUGGAUAAAUACACUUAAUUUGCUUUCUAAUAAAUUAAUCAGGAAUUAGAAAAUGCCAACAAUCCAAAACAAGUUUAAAAUGAAACCAUUUAAGAAAAUGAAUCUGAUGAAUCUUUUUCAUCUUUUGACUCUGACCAUAUUUAAGAUGAAGAUAAAAAUGAAGAUGAAGCAGGUGAUUAAUUAAAUUAGUAAAGCGUUAUUGACUAAAAAAUUGAUGAAAUGACUUUUAACGAUGAUAGUUUUGAAUAAAUCAAUAAUAAUUCUAAUUAACUUUAACACAGUAAUUAGAAGAGUAAUUCCAAGAGCAACUACCAAGUAAUAGGAACAGGAAUUUCUAAUUCUAAUGUAAGUGAAAUGAGUUUUGAUCUACUUUCAAAUAUUGAUCAUAAUGAUGAAUGGUUAGGAGUUAAUAAUUAAUCUAUGAUUGAUAAGCUAAACUAAUCAAGAAAAUCUCAAAGUCAUACCUUUUCUGAGUUUUCUAUUUUGGAAAAUAGUGGAAUUGUUGGAGAUGAAUUCUAGAUUAUUUAAACCAAGGAAAAUACAAGUAUUUCUGAUUAAAUUCUUAUCAGAGUCUUAAAUUUACUUGCUAUUACUGAUACUUAGAUCAAAAAUCAACUAAAAGAAAUUUUAAAUUAAGAAAAUUAAGAAGAAGAAAUUGUUUUAGAUAAAAUAUCAAUAGAAUAAGCACCCUAAUUAAAGAAGAUAAACUGUGAUAAAAUAGACAGGUCUUUAAAUUUAUAGGUUAUAAAGAAUUUAUAAAAUUAUAAUUAAUCAAAAUUGUGUUUAUAAAUUUGUAAUCGCUUCUAAGUAUAUGAUAUGAUAACUUCUAUUUUAACUUAACUAGCAUAUAGUUACUCACCUUUUUCUAAGUGCAGUGCUAUUGUUUAGCCUUCUCAUCUAAACUAAUAAGCUCAAUUGUUUAUGAGAAAGUAAAAGGAUUUGUCAAUCAUCUCUAACACCGCUAUCCAUUCAAUUUUUGAGUCUUUGAAUCCUGAGUUAAUUCAAAAUAGCGAUGGAAAUUUGAAAGGAAAUAAUAUUUUCAACUCUGAGUUUAUCAAAUCCUUAUUGCUUUUUGGUUAUUGGAAAAGAAUUCUCUUUUUAAUUGACAAGAAGUCAGCUCUUAGUAUAGCACAAGUUUUUGGUGAUUUUUCUUCUUAUAAAUUGCUUUAUUUAGAUGAAAAUUAGUCAUAAGCCAUUAAUAAAAAUGUUAAUGUACCUAAAUUUAAUUUACUUCCUUAAGAAGAACCUACUGAUGAAUAAGGAAUAUAAUUAGCUAUUAUGUCUUUGGAACAUUAUAUUUAUCAUUAUAUUGAUAAAAAUUUUGUACCAAUUAACUCAGUUAAGCAAUUUGCUUUUCCUUCAUAUUUCAAAUUUAAUAAGUUUAUUUGGAGUAUUUUCAAUAAAAAUAAAACAAAUAACACAGAUAAAACUCAUUUCGACUCUGUUAAGGAUCUAUUGGCAACUGCUAAAUCUAUUUUAACAAAACAUGAACAUGGUCUAAGCUAAAUUUAAAUAUUUGAUUGUAUAACAGCUUUCUUAUUGCUCAUUAAUUAUGAUAAUUAAUUUUAAAUUUUUAAUGAUAAACUUCCUCAAGAAGUUUAAGCACUUCUUCGCAGUAUUCCUGUGAUUAUAUCUAGAUUUUAAAAAUAAUAUAUCAAUAAUUACAACAAGAAUUCAAAUAUCAUCCUCAGAGCCAUUUUAAGUAUUUAUUAAGUUAGAACUAUUCCAGAUUAAGAUAUCCUAAGUAUUUUUGGCAGAAACAGAGUUAUCAUCAAAAAAAAUAACUAAUUAGCAUCUAGAAUUGUUAAAAAUUAUAAAGGCUUGUCUGAUCAAGGUAAUAUGUAUUACUGUGAUAUAGAUUUUGAACAUAUUUUAGCUCCUGAAAAUGGUUUUACAACUAAAAUUAUUAACUACACAAAAGAAGAACUUAAUGAAAUAUUGAGCAAACUCCACUCAUCAAAUAAAGCUCCAAAAGCUAACUUUGAGAAUGAAGAAAUCUAAGAAUAAAUAAAUAAAACAGAGUCAAAUAAUUUAAUAAACAUAUCUGAUUAGCAAAGAGUGCAAUUAAGAAUCGAUUAUGCUAGCAAAUAACUCAAUUUCAAACUAAACGACUUGGAAAAAAGACUUUCAGACAAUGAAAAUAUUUUAUUGCAACAUGGAUUUGUUGAGAAAUUUAACUAAAUAUCUUUUGACAGAUAUAAAUAAAAUGAAGAUGAAUUUUACCAUAAUAUGGCUAAACUGACACUUAUCAACCUUGUUAUAAAUUAUGCAUCAAAUAAAAAGAUCAAUUUAAUUAUCCCUAAUGAUACUAGAUAUACUGGAUUAUUAGAAAAAUUAGAGGAAACAUAAAUGGUUAUGUUUAAUUCUUAGCAAAUCUAAAAUUUCAAGAAAUAAAAUAAAUUGGCAUUACUGUUAAAUUUAAAUGAUUAUGAUAAUUUUGAAGAUUUAGAUGAAAUAUGCUAGCUUAUACUAAAAAUUUCUGAGAAGUAAAAAAAAUAAAGUGAAAUUUAUAUUUGUGAAACACCUUAAGAUUGUGAUUGUGAUUAUCAUAGAUAUGAUGUCUAGUACUUAAUAGAUAUCAUUUUUAUUAUCUUUGCUAACAUAAAUGAUGCUGAGGAAGAGUCUUUAAAAGAUCUUAUUAAAGCCCUCUAAAAUCUAAAGUUUAAUUUCGAACAAUCUAAUUUUUUAUAAAGCAGCAGAAAUUAUAAAAAAUUAAUUUAAAGUCAAUCAAUUGAUGAUAUGAGAGAUUCUAUGCUAGAUUUAAUUGAAGAAGAAGAGUUUGAAGAUCAUUUUGGUCAAUGGAUUAGCUUAGAGAUAUUUAAUAAUAAUACACAUGUAGAAAAUGAAAAGAAAUUUAAAGAACUUAACAAACUAAUUAAAAAUGAAAUCUCAAAGAAAAAGCAAGCUGCAAUUAAAAUUUACAAAUUUUUAAUGAAGAAUAAGAACAAAUUAAUGUAGAUUUAAUUUGCCUUUAAGUAGAUAAAUUUGUAUACAGAUUUCUUUGAUAGGUUUGCUAAAAAUGUUAAUUAGGAUUAUAUUAGACAAUUUAAGUAUCAUUUAGUAAAUACUUAAAAUAUUUAUUGUCUGUUUUAGAUUCUAAGAGAUAGCUAAAAGGAACUUCUAAAAGCUUAUUAUGAACUGCCUUCUAUUAAUUCUGAUUCCAUUAAUUAAAUCCUUAAGAAAUUAAAUGAGAAUCGUUAACUUUUCAAAUAAUUAAGUGAUGCCUUUAAUGAAGUCAUUUUAGAAUCAAUCUCAAAAUAAAUUGACAUAACUCAAUCUAAAAGAAUAAUUGAAUAAUUAAAUUAAACUAUCUCUAAUAGCUUUGGUGAUUACACAACAUUUGUUAAAGAGAUAUUUUAAAUUAAUAGUGCUCCCAAUAGAAAUAAAAAGAUAUUUGAGGCAAUUUAAACUAAAAAGUCUGCAUAAAGCUAAAAGAUUUUAUCUCUGUUAAAAAAAAGACAGAAUAUUAUCAAAUAGCAAAAAAUAUAAGAGCUCAAAUAGCUCAAAUUUAUGAAAUAAAAGAAAUGA